UUUCUCAAACAAAAAAAAUAAUGCGUCUGAUUAUCUGCGACGAUGCUGAUAAUGUUGCUGAAUGGUCAGCGAAAUAUGUUAUGAAGAGGAUAAAGAGCUUUCAGCCAAACGAAGAUAAAUAUUUUGUCCUUGGAUUACCAACAGGUGGCACUCCACUUGGGAUGUACAAAAAGUUGAUAGAAUACCACCAAGCUGGAAAACUGUCCUUCAAAUAUGUAAAAACUUUCAACAUGGACGAAUACGUUCACCUGCCGAGGGGUCAUUCAGAAUCCUACCAUUAUUACAUGUACAACAACUUUUUCAAGCACAUCGACAUUGGUCCUGAAAACGCACACAUUCUUGAUGGCAAUGCCCCAGACUUGGAGCACGAGUGCAAUGAAUUUGAAAGAAAAAUACGCGAAGCUGGAGGAAUAGAACUUUUCAUUGGAGGUAUUGGACCUGAUGGGCACAUAGCCUUCAACGAGCCUGGCUCGUCAUUGGCGUCGAGAACGCGAGUAAAAACCUUGGCCCAAGAAACCAUAGAGGCCAACGCAAGAUUCUUCAACAAUGACAUAAAAAAGGUUCCAAAGCGGGCGUUGACCGUCGGUGUCGGUACUGUCAUGGACGCCAAGGAGGUCAUGAUACUCAUUACCGGCUCCCACAAGGCCUUUGCUCUCUACAAGGCGAUAGAGGAGGGUAUUAAUCACAUGUGGACUGUAUCUGCCUUCCAGCAGCAUCCACGGACUAUUAUUAUCUGUGAUGAGGACGCCACUCUCGAGUUGAGAGUGAAAACUGUCAAGUACUUUAAGGCUCUCAGUGCUAUCCAUCAAAAGUUGAUCGAAGAGGACGUCGAACCUAUAACAUGUCAUUCUCAGAAAGACGUGUGAUCCGGUACAUAGUUUUAUAUUAAUGAAUAAAGAGU